UCAAGUUUUGUUUCAUCAAGGUUAAUCGUAUAAAAGGAAACGUUCAUUUUGCAGAUGUGGUUAUCUGAUAUGAUAAAACAACAACUGCAACUGCAGUUGACAAUCAUUUGUAUAUCGCAUCUAAUCAAAUUAGUUUUAUCUUUAUCAUCAAAAAUACUAUCUUCUUGAUAGUCUGAUAAGUAUUUAAAGUCUGUCAAAGUUAAUAAAUGUUAUCGUGUACAAACGAGAGAUUCUCGCUCAGAUAGUUGCAGGUCAUCGAGUGAUGUAAAUAGAUAUUCUAUAUAACAUGGCUACACGCAAGCAUGGAGCAGAUGAUAAUUUUAGUAAUAAAGAUCAAACGAAGAAGGUAAACCUAGACACAAUUCUUAUCGAAGACAUUGGACAGUUCGGGAUGUACCAGUUCCGGAUAUUGUUAUUAACAGUUGUAUUCGUUAUAUUGACAGCCUUUUCUGCUAUGGAGUUCGUAUUUACUACGGCCAGAAUUAAUACAAGAUGCCUCAUUCCGGAGUGCGAGGAUAUAGAAGAAGCAGAUUUUUUACCUUCAUGGAUUUCAAACGCAGUUCCGGGCACAGACAGUUCAGUAGAUGCCUGCCACCGGUACGACUCUCUGAACAUCAACACAAGCAUCGCCGAGUGCCCCGCGGAGUGGUUCGAUCGACACGUGAUCGUCAAAUGUUCCAAUUAUGUGUAUGAAAACUCGGAUACUGUAGUCCAUCAUUUUGGAUUAGCAUGCAAUGAAUGGGGACGGACAAUUAUCGGGUCAGUUCAAACCUUCGGAGGUCUCGUGUCUUUGCCCAUCACGGGCUUCAUCUCCGACCACUGGGGCCGGCGCUUCGCCCUCAGCUGGAACGCUAUCAACAUCGCGUGGCUCGGCAUCGUGCGCUACUGGAUCGACAACUACUACUGGUUCAUUGCUGUUGAGAUCAUCAAGGCCGUGCUCGGUGCUGGUGGCUUCUCUUGCGCUUAUAUCUUAGUAAUGGAAUUAGUCGGGCCCAAGUAUAGAGUUCCCGCAGGGGCAACAAUAAACACAUUUUUCUCGGUCGGACAAAUUAUUUUGAGUCUCAUCGCGUGGAGAGUACCUUACUGGAAGAAUUUGAUCCUCGCCCUGUACAUUCCACAAUUUAUAUUUAUUUCCUACUUUUGGAUCAUGUCGGAAUCGGUGCGAUGGUAUAUGAGCAAGGGUCGGUAUGAUAAAGCAGAAGAGUUCCUCAAAAACGUCGCCCGAGUGAAUAGGCGUGAAUUGUCAGAGAAAUCGAUACAAUUAUUAAAAGAAAGCGCUGAAUCUGAAAAGGUACAAGCAUCUAGAGAUUCGUCAGCACGAGAGCCUUGGCUAGCUGCACUAGUGUUCCGGCAUAAAGUGAUCCUCAGACGAUGCUGCGUGUCUCCCGUCUGGUGGGUAGCGAGCGCCCUCAUCUACUACGGCAUGUCCAUCAACGCUGUGGACUUGGUCGGGAACCGGUACAUCAACUACGUGGCCGUGGCCGCGGCAGAGAUACCCGGCUACUGGCUGGCUGUGCUGCUGAUGGACAGAAUCGGCAGGAAGCCUGUCCUCGUUGGCGCUUAUUGGACGUGCGCUGCCUGUCAACUGGCUUACAUUUUCACACCUGCUGAUUUCCACGGAGCCAUUUUGUCGACGUAUCUGAUCGGCAAGCUGAGUAUAGCGAUCGUGAUGAUGUCGCUGUACAUCUACACGGCGGAGAUCUACCCCACCAAGUACCGCCACAGCCUGCUGGCCUUCUCCUCCAUGAUCGGCAGGAUCGGCUCCAUCGUCGCGCCGCUCACACCUGCUUUAGGAGCCUCGAUUUGGCAGUACUUCCCUUCCACGCUGUUCUGUGUGUUCGCGCUAGUGGCCGGCGCGCUGGUGUUCCUCGCGCCGGAGACUCUGGGCACCAGGCUGCCCGACACCAUGGAGGAGGCUUCUGUCAUUGGUGUUCAAAGAAAAACUCAUUAAUCCGGACUGUAUUUAAAAUUGUGAUUAAGUACUUUAAUUAUAAGUUGUACAAAAACUUUGUGUUGAU